AUGGAAGCAGUCACGCUUCGAUUAAACGACAGCGUGAAAGUCGCACUCACUCAUUCUUAUCCUGUUACCCAUUUUCUACCCGAAGAGUUACACAGCGUUGAUAUGAAUGAGAAAGCUGUUGACAUUGACAUUGAUCACUCCACCUCUUCAAACCAAGCUCAGACCACACGACCCAGUAUGGCCCGUAAAGCGUCCUCGCCCAUGGCACCCGCCUUUAUGGUGUCAGCACCAGGCAAAGUAAUCAUAUUUGGAGAGCAUGCUGCUGUACAUGGCAAGGCUGCCCUGGCCGCAUCUAUCUCCCUUCGAUCAUACCUCCUUGUUACGACCCUCUCGAAAUCACAACGUACCAUCACCUUGAACUUCCGUGAUCUGGGACUGGACCAUACCUGGGACAUUGACACACUACCUUGGCAUAUCUUCCAACACUCUUCUAAGAAGAAGAACUACUACGAUCUUGUGACAGCCCUCGACCCCGAGCUUGUCGAAGCUAUCCAACCACAUCUCGAAGGUGUUUCAAAGGGACUCCCUGACCAACAACGCAAAACUCACGUCAACUCCGCUUCCUCCUUCCUCUAUCUUUUCCUCUCACUGGGCUCCCCUCAAAGCCCAGGCGCUAUCUACACCCUCCGUUCCACAAUCCCAACUGGCGCAGGUCUAGGCAGUAGUGCCAGUGUAUGUGUCUGUUUCAGUGCUGCGCUUUUGCUCCAAAUUCGCACUCUUUCUGGACCCCAUCCAGAUCAGCCUCCAGAUGAGGCUGAGACUCAAAUCGAGCGUAUUAACCGCUGGGCGUUCGUAGGUGAAAUGUGCAUCCACGGAAACCCCAGUGGCGUGGACAAUACGGUUGCCGCAGGCGGCAAGGCCGUGUUAUACCGACGAACAGACUACGAGAAGCCUCCGACUGUGACUCUACUUCCUAAUUUCCCGGAAUUGCCGCUCCUACUCGUCGAUACGCAACAGUCCCGCUCCACUGCAACAGAGGUCGCCAAGGUCGGCGCUUUGUUGAAAGCCCAUCCUGCCGUGACCAAUUCAAUUCUCAACGCCAUUGAUGAGGUGACGGUCUCAGCACAGAAGAUGAUUGAGGACCCGGACUUCGAAGGCGACUCGGAACGUACUCGUGAACAUAUUGGUACUUUGAUUCGUAUCAACCACGGUUUCCUUGUCUCAUUGGGCGUCUCGCACCCUCGACUUGAGCGGAUCCGCGAGCUGGUCGAUUAUGCCGAUAUCGGCUGGACAAAGUUGACUGGUGCUGGUGGUGGCGGCUGCGCUAUCACUCUCCUCCGUCCGGACGCCAAGCCUGAAGUUGUCAAGGAGUUGGAGCAGAAGCUUGCCGACGAGGGAUUCAACAGGUACGAGUCAACUCUUGGUGGCGACGGUGUGGGAGUUCUUUACCCUGCUGUGCUGCGCAAUGGAUCUGAUGAGGAGGGCGGGGAAGAGAUUGACCAGCAGAAAUUCGAGCAGGCCAACGGCCACGCAGGCAUUGAGCGUCUUGUGGGCGUUGGGAACUCAGAUACCCGUGAAGGCUGGAAGUUCUGGAAACGGGCAGCUCAUUAA